CAUGAAUUUGUGUUCUCCAAUCAUCUCUUCAAGCCAAUAAGAACAGAGAAAUUUGGUUAAGAAAGAUAAUAUAUAAUGGCAACAUCAAAAUUUCUUUCAUUUCUCGUUGUUCAACUUUUUUUGGUCUCGGAGGUUGCUAAUUCACAAGGCGUGGAAGUUGGAUUCUAUAGGAAAACAUGUCCAAAUGUGGAGGCAAUUGUGAAAGAAACAACAAAGCACUACAUUUCUAUUGCUCCUACUCUGGCUGCUCCAUUAUUGAGAAUGCAUUUUCAUGAUUGUUUUGUUAGGGGAUGUGAUGGUUCAGUACUACUUAAUUCAACAAAUGGAAAUCAAGCUGAGAAAGAUGCAAUUCCGAACCAAAGCCUAAGAGGAUUCCAAGUGAUUGAUGCUGCUAAAUCUGCUUUAGAGAAAGAGUGUCCUGGCACGGUCUCUUGCUCUGAUAUUUUAGCCUUAGCUGCCCGUGACGCUGUUUCACUGAUAAAUGGACCAACUUGGCAAGUACCAUUGGGAAGAAGAGAUGGGAGAGUCUCUAUUCUCUCAGAAGCCUUAAAGAACCUUCCAACUCCUUUUGAUAACUUCACUACUCUCAAAACAUCGUUUGGCGCAUUGGGCCUAAAUGUAAAAGACCUUGCUGUUCUAUCAGGAGGACACACAAUUGGGAUGUCACAUUGCUUUUCCUUCUCGAGCCGUUUGUACAAUUUCACUGGCAAAGGUGACAUCGACCCAAACAUGGACCAAAACUACAUAGCCCAAUUGAAGUCCAAAUGUAGGCCUAAUGAUGUGACCACAAUUGUUGAAAUGGACCCUGGAAGUUUCAAAAGUUUCGAUACUGAUUAUUACACUACGGUUACCAAAAGAAGAGGGUUGUUCGCAUCUGAUGCAGCUCUUCUUACUGAUAGUCAAACCAAAGACUAUGUGUUGUCCCAAUUAAAACCACAUGGAUCAACUUUCUUCAAGGAUUUUGGUGAAUCGAUGGUGAAAAUGGGAAAAAUUGGAGUCCUUACUGGAACAGCAGGCGAAAUUCGAAAGCAUUGUGCCUUCAGAAACUAAAAGGAGUUUCGAUAAGUUAUUUCCGCUGCAAAUAAAUUUUUUGUCAUUUUCGUAUUGUUAAUUUUAAGGGGAUCUAUUUGGUGAAUACUUUUUUUUUUUUUUUAAUUCUGAUUAUUAGUUCGUGUAAAGUGUACAAUAUGUUGGUGAACUUUGUUUGCAUUGUAAGUUUGUAAUUCAGUUCGUUAUGCACUGAGCUAAUAAAAAAGUCGUUUUGCUUUUACUAGCAUGCAUUAUUAGAAG